AUGGAAGUAGCUGGACAGGACCCACUGGACGGUGUGCAGGAGAUGAUGGAAAUACCGAAAUUAGAAGUCACAAAACAAAACCUUGACUAUCUGAACUCAGACCUUGAAAAAGACCUGCAGAGACUGGAUGAGGCAAAUCAAGUUCUUCUCAGGAAAAUUCAAGAGAAGGAAGAAGCUAUUCAAAGUCUGGAAGGAGAGAUUGCCUUGUCACUAGGACGAGCCAACGAGAGGGAGGAGUUGAACCAUAUUGCAUCAGAGAAGGAGGAAACCUUGAGGAACCUGGAAUCAGAGACAGCAAAGCUGGAGAAAAGUAACAAGAUUCUGAGCAGGAAUGUGGUGGAGCUUCAGAAGAAGAUUUCAAGGAGACAUAAGAAUGAUGGCCUUAAUAAAGAAACCCUAAAGCAGAUGUUGGCAGAACUGAAGGUCAGACUACAAAAGUCAACAGAGUCCUGCACAAAGCAAGAGAAGGAACUGCUCAAGAUAGAGAGCGACUACCAAUCUUUGCAUCAGCUCUGUGAGGACCAGGCCCACUACAUAAAGAAAUACCAGGAAAUUCUGAGGCAGAUGGAAAAGGAAAAAGAGGUGAUGCUUCUUGAAAAAGAAGUAUUCAAAGCCCAGAACAACUCUUCCCAAAUUGUGAAACCUGGGUCAAUUCUGGUAGAGACCAUCCAAAGCAACAUGGAGAAGACCAUCAUUAAGAAACGGAAGAGAAUCUUUUGGUACAGGCAUUUCAGGUGCCUUGUCUUCAUGGUCAUGAUCUUCAUUAGGCUGCUGGGUUAUGCGCUUUUCCACCUGCAGUACAUAAACCCAGACCUUCUUGUGGAUGCCCUACCCAUGGUAAUGAGCAGGGACACCUUGAAGAGGCUGAGGGAGGUCUUAUUUCCCUUCCUCACUCUAGAGGUGGAAGAAGUUCUACCGCAUUAA